AUUUGAGAGACAUAAUUUCAAUCAGUCUGAUGCCAGAAAAGGGAGUAACCAGUGAAAAAUCAUUGUCGUAAGACAGCUGGGAGAAUCAAGAAAAAUGGAAUAGAUUUUGCCAUUCCUGUCAGCGUAAUGCCGGCAUUCAGUCAGCCUCUGCCAGGCUAUUGAGCUUUGUUGGAAAACUGUGGUUACUUAAGAUUGACACGAACUGGAAUAUUGGCUUUUCCUGUGUCUCCAACCUGAGGACUGCAUCUUGGGACUUCUUAGCCUCCAUAAUCAGACUUAGGAGGAUACUGACAGAACCAAAAAAGAUUGGUGGUUGGUCAUUUGGACACUGAUGAUGUGUUUCAAUCUUUAUAAUGAGUUUGAUUCAAUUCAAAAAAACAUUUAUAUAACCCCAAUCAUGGGGAAGACACCAUGGGGAGAUGGAGGCAAAGAUGGCUCUUUAAUCGGUGAUAUAGCCAAAAAGUGUGUUUUGCUGACUUCAAGCACCCCUGCUACAAAAUGGCCUACUUCCAUGAACUGUCCAGUCGAGUGAGCUUUCAGGAGGCACGCCUGGCUUGUGAGAGUGAGGGCGGAGCCCUUCUCACCCUUGAGAAUGAAGCAGAACAGAAGUUAAUAGAAAGCAUGUUGCAAAACCUGACAAAACCAGGAACAGGGAUUUCUGAUGGUGAUUUCUGGAUAGGGCUUUGGAGAAGUGGAGAGGGGCAAGCAUCUGGUGCCUGCCCAGACCUCUACCAGUGGUCUGAUGGAAGCGGUUCCCAGUACCGAAACUGGUAUACGGAUGAACCUUCCUGUGGAAGUGAAAAGUGUGUGGUGAUGUAUCAUCAACCAACGGCCAAUCCUGGCCUCGGAGGCCCUUACCUUUACCAGUGGAAUGAUGACAGGUGCAACAUGAAGCACAAUUACAUCUGCAAGUAUGAACCAGAGAUUAAUCCAACAGCUCCUGGAGAAAAGACUUAUUUUACAAACCAACCAGUAGACACCCAUCAAAACGUGGUUGUUACUGAAGCAGGCAUAAUUCCCAAUCUAAUUUAUGUUGUUAUACCAACGAUCCCACUGCUCUUAUUGAUACUGGUUGCUUUUGGAACCUGCUGUUUCCAGAUGCUGCAUAAAAGUAAAGGAAGAACAAAAACUAGCCCAAACCAGUCCACACUGUGGAUUUCAAAAAGCACGAGGAAAGAAAGUGGCAUGGAAGUGUAAUAAUUCAUUGACUUGGCUUCAGACAACAGAGUUGUAUAAUUCUGGAUCUGUGUAAGGAAUGGCAUCAGAACAUUAGCUUGGAAUGGCUUGAAAUCUCAAAGGAUCUGCAAGAUGAACUGUAAGCUCCCCCUUGAGGCAAAUAUUUAAGUGAUUUUUCUAUGUUUAUUUCAUUUACAAAAUACGCUGUGCUAAUCAUGGAGUGAGACAUACUUAUUUUGCUAAAUGAUACACCUAAAUUCUAGUAAAUGGAAUGGACCAUGCAGAUAAAAUUGCUAUCAACACAUCAGAAGUAUGUGUGUUGAAAGAAGUUAUUUUUGUUUCUUUUACCUUUCAUAGGAUGUGAUCUAGUUAAUGUAAUGUAAAUUGUAUUGAAAUUUAUGGUGUGCAAAAAUAUUUUACCUUUACAUAAGUGUUUGAUAAAAGUGGACUGUUCUAAUAUUUAUUUUUAUGGUGUUUCAUUUUUCAGUACAUGCUGUUUAAGAAAUUUAUCCCUGUUGUCAACUGAAUUCAUACACACAAAAAUGUAUUACCGUAGAGAAAGUUUCUUAUCUAAGAAUGGUUCAUCUUCUUUCAGUUUCUCUGCUUUAUAUCGAUGUGUAGGAAAUCUCUUCAGAAAUAAGAAGCUAUUUCAUGAACUGUGGUAUAAAUCUACUCGAAUAUUUUACUUAGAGGCAAGAAUUGUCUAAUUUCAAUUGUGCAAGACAUGUGCCUUACAAUUAUUUUUAGUUUAAAAUUCAACAGAUUUUGUAAUAACUUUGUUAAUGACUAUAUAAACAAUAAUAUACUCAAUCUAGAAGACACAAAAAAGUGGCAUACACAACAUAAAUCAUAUGUCUUCACAUGUUGCCUAUAUAACCACAAGUAGCUGUCUGAGGGUUCUGCAAUCAAUUUGGUCCCUCCCUUGCACACAGAGCAAAGAGGGUUGUUUAGGGUAUGGGACUGAAACUGGAGGCAGAUAGCUGCAUAGUUCGGCUAAGCUCCGUUUUACUAGCUCCGUUUAGCCUCUAUUAGUGUAUAAAGGGGUUUUACAGUUGGGACCAGAUGCAUGGUCACGUUGCUGUGGAAGUAAGCACAGCACGCUAACAUUUUAGCAAAGAAAGAAACUAUGAGUUAGUGUGAAAAUGGGCUGGAGGGCAUCAACGAUCUUAUGUUCGUUGUUGAGCAUUUGACUGGGAGAGUAAACUGGGGCUCCUUUCUGUCUUAUCUCCUAGUUUCUUCAAUGCUUGUGGCUCUUUCUUCUCGAGAGUUGUAACUAUCUGACCUUCAAAUGUCCCUGUGCUCCUUUUAACCAAAUAAAGAGUUCUUGUUUCUGAAGAA